AUGGAUCGGCUGCGCGGGGUUUCCGGCCGCGGCGGGGAUACUGUCUCGCUGCCGGUGCAAAUUCUGGCCUUCUCGCCGGAUGGGCAUCUGCUGGCCACGGCCGAUGCGCGGAGCAACCUCGUGCGUAUCUGGCACAGUGCCGCCGGCGGGCCGCUGCUCGAUUCGCAUGACGGGCCAGAGCCGCACCUGCGCAUGGACUGCGUCCUCCUGCGACAUCCGCAAGCCAUCCGGUCAUUGAGCUGGCGCGGGGGAUGCCCCCCCGGCAUCAACACACUGUUGACCGACUGCAUGGACAAUGUUUGGCGCCUGUGGGCCGAGGCCCCAAGCCCCUCGGCGCCAGGGCAAUACUCCAUCAGCCUGGCUCCCCGGCUGUAUCUGGCCGCCUCGGAGGCGCGUGCGGGGUCCCGUUCGGUCUUCGCCCUCCCGUCCCCCUUCGGCGCCAUGGACGCCAGCGCCGCCCCCGCCGGCGGAGGCGCGGUCGCCACCCCGGAGACCAAAUUGGUCACCUUCGGCCAGGAGGCCGCGCCGGCUACCACCUCCUCCCCCUAUGGCUCAGCCUUCACGGUUGUCCGACUGUUCGGCCUGUCGCUGGCGAUCUAUGCCGCGGCCACCCGGGUAUAUGUGGUGGAUGUUUCCUGUGGCCGAGUCCUGACCAGCUUCGGGCACCCCCGAUCAGGCAGCCGGCUGAGCAUCCUCGCCCUCUCGGUGAGCACUGUCAAUGGCUCGAUUGCCGUGUCCUUCGGCACGGAGGUCCUCAUUUUCGACCCCUUCCCCCCGUCGGCUCACUGCUCGUCCUGGGUGCGCACUCGAGCGCCAUGCUCCCCUCCGCCCUUCUCACGCUGA